GUAUUUUCUAUAAGAUACCGCUACUGUCGUACAAAUGAAAACGGACACGUAAAGCUUAACAGUGACAGUCUGCUAUCUAUGAUCGAAAUCUUGAUAUUUCGAACCAAAAUCCAUUUACUGUCAUUCAUUAGUCGAACACAAAAGUUCUUGUGUUGUAUAAAAUUGUUUUAAAGGUGACAACUCAUUUUUAUUUGAUCGUAAAAAAUGGCUGAUCCCAAAUAUGCCGACUUACCUGGCAUUGCAUAUGAUCAAGCAGAUGUCUAUGAAACUACUGACUUACCAGAAUCUGAACAAUUUCAAAUUUACCUUGAGGAUGAAACUGAUUCUAUAGAAAAAUUACAUAUUAGUGCUACAGAGGCAUUUAAUAAAUUUAAAGGUAAACAUGUUAUUAGCGAGACAGUUGAUUUUUCAGAUUGUGUGUCACUUAAGCCAAGAACAGGUUACAGGUUUGGAGAUUGGGAAAUUCCUGGCGAAGGAGAAAAGGAAACACCAAUUCAAAAAUACCAACGUUUGCAACAUGAAUUUAAAGAAUUAUAUGAUGAAAUAAAUGACUUGAAGCAAAAAGCAAAGGAUGAAACAGAAGUCAAAUCUAUUGUUGAUAUAAUUUCACAAGUACAAGAUUUAGGAAAACAAUUAGAUUGCUUAAAGUUAGAAGAAUGCCUUGGUGCUGAUCUCGUUGCGACUCUAUCGGAUCCACAAGGCACUAGAUUGAAGCAAUUGGUGUCUCAAAUAGAAGCAUUCAAACAAACAAAUAUUCUCACCUCUGAACCUGCUUCAAAGGCACAGAAUAUAAAAGUUGAGAAAACAGCUGAACCUAAUGUACUUAAGUAUCAAAUGACCUACCUUCCAGAAAAAGCAAGGAUGCAAGAAGCAGCAAGAAUUGCAUUACUUGAACAAAGACUAUGUAAUUUAGAGAGUAUUAUUGGAACAACUACUGAUAAACUUUCGAAGUUUUCACAAAAUCUCAAAUGUCAAGGGAUCAUGGAAGCUGUUCAAGAAUUAGGAGCAAAAGCUGCAUUAUUAGACACGUAUCAACUAGACAUCAUCGAAAAUCGAUUAGCUUCUCUAAUCCAUAGAAUGGAUAACAUUGCGCAGAAAAAGAGUGCAUUGGCUCUAGAUUCGGAACAAGAGCAAAAGAUUUCAGAAAUGUAUGAAAUUAUGAAACAAACAGAAACUAUGUCACAGAUUUUACCACAAACUGUAAAUCGAAUGUUGGCUUUAAAUACAAUUCAUCAGAAAGCUGCUGAAUUUAACAAAUGCUUAACACGUUUAGAUGAGUUACAAUUACAAAUCACAUCAGAUUUGGACAACAACAAAUCCCUUUUGAAAGGAGUCCAAGACAGUUUUGCAUCAAAUUUAGAAAUUAUUAAAAACAAUAUAGAGGCAUUAGAUGAACGCAUUAAAAAAGUUAGCAAGUGAUAAUUUAUAGUAAUGAAAGCUCAUUAUAGAUUAUUAUAUUCUAAUUUUUUAAAUAUGUAUUUAUUAAAUUAUAUAUUUAUCAGUACUUUUUCAAUUGCUAGUAGCCCAAUGUGGAAAUAAUGUAUCGCAUUUCUAAUGUAUUUUUUAUCAUGUUUCGUAAAAUUCAUCUAGUUUUCAAAUAUAGUAUUUUGAAUGACAAAUUAAUUAUUCUUGUAUAUUUUACAAAUAAAAGAAUCUUUAAUGUAUAAAUAUUCCAAAUAAAAGAUUAGCAU